AAGUGGCGGUUUGACUUGUUUACUGCAUGCUGGCUUGCAGACAGUUAUUCCAGGUAUUAUCUUUGUUUGCAGAAAAGAAAACUAAGUAGAAGAUCAUGGCGAGUUCCAACUGGGGAUAUGACGACAAAAACGGUCCUGAACAAUGGGGCAAGCUGUAUCCCAUUGCAAAUGGAAAUAAGCAAUCUCCCAUUGAUAUUAAAACGAGUGAAACGAAACAUGACACCUCUCUUAAACCUAUUAGUAUCUCCUAUGAUCCAGCCACAGCCAAAGAAAUUAUCAACGUGGGGCAUUCUUUCCAUGUAAUCUAUGAGGACAAUGAUAACCGAUCAGUGCUGAGAGGUGGUCCUCUUUCUGAAAGCUAUAGGCUCUGUCAGUUCCAUUUUCACUGGGGCAGCACAAAUGACUAUGGUUCUGAACAUACAGUGGAUGGAGUCAAAUAUUCUGGAGAGUUUCACCUAGUUCACUGGAAUUCUACAAAGUACUCCAGCUUUGCUGAAGCUAUCUCACAGGCUGAUGGUUUGGCAAUUAUCGGUGUUUUGAUGAAGGUUGAUCAGGCCAACCCAAGACUGCAGAAAGUACUUGAUGCCCUAAACGCAGUUAAAACCAAGAACAAACGAGCCCCAUUCACCAAUUUUGACCCAUCUACUCUCCUUCCUUCAUCCCUGGAUUAUUGGACCUACUCUGGCUCUCUGACUCAUCCUCCCCUUUAUGAGAGUGUGACCUGGAUCAUCUGCAAGGACAGCAUCAGUAUCAGCCCAGAACAGCUGGCACAGUUCCGAAGCCUUCUAUCAACUGUUGAAGGUGACAAAGCUGUCCCCAUUCAGCACAACCACCGGCCACCCCAGCCUCUGAAGGGCAGAGUAGUGAGAGCUUCAUUCUGACGGGACCAGGAAGGAACUUCUCCUUACACCAGGAACACUGCCCUGCUUCAGACAUAACCCAGUAAAGCAAUUUUGAAGAAACACAUUCAUUUCAAUACUAGCAAGGCAGCAUAGCUGCAAGUUCAACCUGUAGAACAAAGUUUUAAUUUUUAUUCUUAAUGUUUAAUUCAAAUAAUAAUCCAUAAGCUUGUAAAACUUAUCCUUAAAUUCA